ACUGGUUAAAUAUAUCAAGUAAAAUAUAUAUACAGAAGAAAUUUAAAAGUUGCCACUGUAUGGUUUCAUCUAAGGCUUUCUCAAGUUGUUAUAAUUAAACGGAGAUUUAAACUAAAAUAAUAUGCUACGACGAGAUGACUUAAGUCAUCUGGAGUGCCAUGGAUGCAUAUAAACUCAAGCCGCCAACAAUGCAGAUCAAAUCCCGCUAAUUCUGAACUAACUGCAUCAUGCUACAAUGAGUAAAUUCUGAAAUUGUUAUGAAAUAGUUGGAUUAUGCGCACAAAUUAGAGCUCACAUUUGGUUUUCAGCAUGACUGGCACUAAUUUCAGCACUCUGCCUAUGAACGGUUUCAUAUAGCACAAUCAAAUGUUUUACUGCGUGAUUAUUAAAACAACAAAACGUCUCUUAAUUUUGCGUAAAUGAACAUUUAAUCAAUCUAAAAAAUAUCAGCAAAUAUUAUUCCUUCAGGAAAAUUAAUUUUUUAUUUCAUCAGUGACCUUGGUGAUUCUGAGUUCAUAAUUUGAGGUCGUUUUGGUUUCUAUUUCAGUUUUCGCUAAACAAGAAAACGCACAAUUAUGGAAUGCUUAUACUAUACAUACCAGUGAAUUUCAGCCUCAUAACAGCCUCAUAAAUUCUCUCUAAUGAAAACAGGCUGAGAGGCAGCCUUUUGCUUCGAUUAAUAUUUUUGAAUUUUUUAAAUUACUUCAUUAUGGAUACGGAUCGAUAAAUUCAAUCGAUAAGUGGUAUAGUAGCUUUUAGACGAUGACUGAUCCUGAGAAGAAAAUCUGCCGUUAUUUUAAUACUCUUGGAGGUUGCUGGUAUGGAGACAGCUGUAAAUUUCUUCACAUACCGAAUAAAAAACCACCUUGCAAAUUUUAUGGGUAGGUUACGUAUAUAUUUUGUUUGAUUUAUCUGAGUUCAUCAACUGGAUGUCGUUAUGGAGAAAGUUGCCAUUUUUCACAUGACAGAACCCCUUUCAAAUCAGUUGAGAAUUACAAUAACAAUCCACCAGUAGAAAUAAUCAAAGAAGUACUCAAAGAGAAUGUUGAUCCAAGUGAAUUAUCUGGAACAAAUAAUAACAAUAUGACUCAACCAAUUGUCAAUAGUGUUGAACAUGAAAUAACCGAUGCUGUUUCAGAAGCUAAUAAUAAUUAUAAAAAUGAUAAAAGUAUCACUGAGAAUGAUGAUCAGUCCGCGCAGAUUGUAUCAUCAACAAUGGACAGUAAUAGCAAUACAACAGAAGUAGACAAUCUCAAUGUUGUAUCUACUGUAGGGAAUAUGAUAAUCAAUAAUAAUACAAAUGAUAUCAAUUAUGCUAAGUCGACAGUUAAUAAUUCUGUCUAUUAUGAUACUGUCCAAACGAAAUCGAAAGAUUUUGUUUUAAAUGAUGCAUCAAAUAAUAAUAGUAAUAAUAGUGGUUUAAGAGAUAGUUGUCAAAAUUAUGCGAUAACUACAGUAUCUGGUCGUUCAAGUGGAAUGUCAAAUGAAAUUGAAAUCUAUUGUGGUUCAUGUAGAAGAGUUCUUGAACGUCGAGGUAAUGAAAGUUAUUGUACUCUGUUGAAAGAUCAUUAUCUCGAAUGUUUUUUGGAUAAAGAAGGUGAUCAUGUAAAAUAUGUGAAAACAAAGGCUGCUUUAGAACCUGGACAAAUGUAUUGGUGUAAAUCAUGCAUUCUAAUAUUUGAAAAACCUUGGUCACUAUUUCAACAUAUGGCUGAUAAAGCUAAAGGGAAUAAAGUUCAACGAUGGGAGAAAAAAAUUCAUCUUGAUUGGAUGGAUAGUGUAGCAGGAUUAAUGGCAGGUUAUGAUUUGGGUUUAUUCAGUCCUACAAAACUUCGCGUGGAUUUACGUAACUUAUUAGCUGAUCAGCAUACUGUUGAAGAGGAAAUGGAAGCUGCAGCUGUUACAGCAGCUGCAAUGAUGCAAUGGUUAGCACCAUUAAGUAGUCCUUGGCGUCUACAACAACGAGAAAUGAUGCGAAAGAUUGAACAACUUAAUCGUCAAAUGUUACGAAAAGCUAAUUUAAGCUUUAAUACUGGCUCUGGAGUUUAUAAUAUGAGAGCUGCUCUACCACCUGUACCUGUAUCUGCAUGUCCAUCACCUGGUCAUACGUACACAUCAAGUCGUAAUACUAGCGUUUCAUUGCCAAUUACUUCUAUGUCUAAACAGAUAGAUAAUCAGGUGAAUAAUUGUGGAAAUGGUGAUUUACAAACGGAUAAUUCUGGUCGAAAUUCACCUACAAAAUCAAUUUCACAAACAUCUUCAGAGCAUAACGGUGCAGUAGUAUCAAGUGAAAUAAAUUCUAGUGUACAGACAGAGGAUGUUAAUGAAACAAGUAAUGAUAAUAAUGUUGGUCCUGUUGGAGAUGAAGAAUAUGCACGACCAGAAUCAGCUGUAAGUGAACAAUCAGGAAUAGAUUCUGUAGCGACAACUGGAGCUUCCGGAGAUAUCCCACGGAAAGCAUUAAGUAAUGGCAUAAAGCCAACACCAGAAUUUGAUGGUGGAUCAGAUGGAACGUUUGAAGUAGUUGACUCAAAUAACACCAACAGUGCCUGCUCGGGAAAUGGUUUAAAUAAAUAUGAUGAUAGCGGACGGCGAGGAGAGUUAAAGCGUUCUCAGACAUAUUCCACAGUUUCAAAUGCCUUUAAUGGUAAGAUAUCAAACUACUCUGGAACAUCAAGUUCAAAAUAUUCAGGAGAACCACUGAAAUAUCACUAUCAUGGUCGAAACUCCAGAGCACUUAGUUUUGGUCAUAGUACAUUAUUUGGAGCUGGUCAUCGCAAUUCACAUCGUAAUAUUAAUCGUGGAGGGACAGGAUUGAGUGGAACAUCAAAUCGUGGAGCAAAUGCUUUUAAUCCUCCAAGUUUUCAUGCUAGUUUAGACUUGAAUUUUGGCUUCACCAAUGAUGAAGUUGAAGAAUUACUAUCACAGGGUAUAAAACCUUGGGAUAGUGAAGCAUCAGCUGCAUUAGCCGUUCUACGAGGAGAACUCGAUCAUUUGUUGGACUGAUCGUGUUCGCAGUCAUACUGUAUGUUGUUUCUCACUUGCAUAUAAUGAAUCGUUAGGUUUUUGGGACUUUUAUUGCAUUCGGAACAUCGAUAUUGGUUGUUUGCAGUCGUUUUGUUUUGGCCAACUUACACAGGUGAAUUCCAUUUCAGUAGUAAUUUAAAAAAAAGAUAUAUAUAUAUAUACUAUUUAGCUUUCCUUCUUUAGCUUUUAAAAGAUAGUGUGCUUAAACUUUUCUGUGUUUUUAUUGUAGUUAUUCAACUAUUAUUCUUAUCUUUCACCAAGUACUCAACCUAUAUAUUAUCAUUCUUCCGUUAUGUCUUCAUUUUUGUGAGUGAAUAGGCUGUUAUAUGUUGUAAAGACUGUGGUGAGAUACAGUUGAAUAACAUUCGUCAUGUAUGACAUCGUCUUGUUGUUUUGAUGAAAUGGAAGUUUGCUUCUCCUUCAACUGAAAUUUCUUUUAUGCGAUGUGAGAAAAAUGACUGCCUCUGCAUAUGUGUGUGUGUGAUCGAAGGCCGACUUGCAUUAAGAGACCCAAACAUUUAGUUUUGAUGUUCUUCUUGUCAUGUUUCCUAUUUGUCAUUUCGUGGUGUUUAUUGAUCAUACUUCCAUAACAUAUAUACAUAUGCAUACACAUGUUUGCAGCAAUGGAACAUGGAGCAACCAAACCUUUGAAACUCAUCUGCGGCAGAUUAAUUCACUUAACCUAUAGAUUAAAAUGUUACCUUUUGCUCUAACCUUUAUUGUUCAACACAUUUACUGGUGUGAAGUUAACUGUGUAAAAGAUAUUCCAUACCAAGAAGCUGUCUACCAUAUACAUAUAUUAUCAAACUAUGCAAAAGUUCUUACGAUUGGAAUAAUCCUGCAAUACAUGAGAAGUGCUCAUUAAAAAAAAAGAUAACAAAAUAUAUAUUAACGCUUCAAACUGCAACAGUAAAAUAUUUUGUCAAAUAUAAUAUUCCACUUGUCAAUUGUCAAUUUGACUCUGUUGCUUGUCUCACUCUCAUGCUGUCUUUUGUCUCUAUGUCUGUAAAACUUCAACUUUUGUCCUUCCUGUGUGUGUGUACGUGUGAUUGGUUUUUUGCCCAUGCGUCCAGGCAAUCUAGAAUCAACUGUUUUCCUUUCCUAAUAUUUAAUGAUGAUUAAAAGUGUCGUUAUUAUUCUGUUCGGCGCAGCAAAAUAAAGUAAAAGCCAUGUUUGCUCGAG